UGCAAAUAGCAAUCUCUAGUGAGAGUGCUCGUGGCGUGCUUCUUCAGUCGCUUGCAUUGACUUGCCAGAUUUUUCGUCAAUUUUCAUGUUUUUCUUUGGAAACAUUUAUCUCUCUUACAAAUUUGGUAUAAAACUGUCUCGAUAAAUCUGUUGCACAACAUCCAAUCAUGGCUAGAUACACCCAGCGUCCGGAAAAUGCGCUAAAAAAAGCCACCGAAUUCAUCGAAGUUGGGAAGCAGGCUCGUGCUUUAGACACCUUGUACGAAGUUUUCAGGAACAAGAAAUGGGUUUUCAGCUGGAGCGAGAGCGUUCUCGAGCCCAUCAUGUUCAAAUAUCUCGAGCUAUGCGUGGAAUUGAAGAAGUCUCACAUAGCCAAAGAGGGGCUCUUUCAAUACCGCAACCUCUUCCAGUCCGUGAACGUUGGGUCAUUAGAAAACGUUAUUCGCUUUUAUCUUCGGACAGCGGAAGAGCGGACAGAACAAGCUCGAGAGCAAUCUCAGCAAGCUGUGGUUGAUAUCGAUGAUUUGGAUAAUUUGGAAACUCCAGAAAGUAUACUUCUGAGUGCUGUAAGUGGUGAGGACGCCCAAGAUCGGAGUGAUAGAACCAUUCUCACCCCAUGGGUCAAGUUCCUCUGGGAAUCUUACUGUCAGUGCCUCGAACUAUUGCGCACAAACAGCCAUGUGGAAACGCUGUACCAUGACAUUGCACGGAUGGCCUUUGCUUUCUGCCUGAAGUAUAACCGCAAGACUGAGUUCCGCAAGCUAUGCGACAAGCUGCGCAAACAUUUGGAGGACAUCCAGAAGCUGACUCCUCAGGUGGCCAAUGUGUCCAUCAGCAAGCCGGAGACGCAGCAGCUGAACCAGGACACACGUCUGGUGCAGCUAGACUCUGCCAUCCAGAUGGAACUGUGGCAGGAGGCGUACAAGGCCAUUGAGGACAUCCAUGGCCUGAUGAACUUGGCAAAGAAGUCACCAGUGCCCAAGACCAUGGCCAACUACUACCAGAAGCUGGCACUGGUCUUUUGGAAGGCUGGCCACAACCUGUUCCACGCAGCGGCCUUGUUCAAGCUGUUCCAGCUUUCUAAGGAGAUGAAGAAGAACAUAACGCAGGAGGAGCUGCAAAAGAUGGCCUGCAGGGUUCUGAUUGCCACGCUGUCCAUUCCGCUGCCGUCCGCGCACCCUGAGUUUGACCGCUUCAUCGAGACAGACAAGAGCCCUCUGGAGAAGGCGCAGCGUCUGGCAGUGUUGCUUGGCCUCUUCCAGCCGCCCACUAGGCAGUCGCUGCUCAGGGACAUUCUGCGCAUGAACGUGGUCAGCCUGGCCACCCCGCAGCUGCAGGAGUUGCACCAGUGGCUUGAAGAGGAAUUCAAUCCGCUGCAGUUGUGCUCUAAGGUGCACAGUAUCAUUGAUCGCAUCCGCGCUGACGAGAGCGCCACUGGACUUGUGCAGUACAUCCCUGCCCUGCAGGACGUCACCCACAUCAGGCUCAUCAGACAGGUGUCCCAAGUUUACCAGACGAUCGAGAUUCCACGCCUGGUUGAGUUGGCGUGUUUCGCCACGCCAUUCCACCUGGAGCGGCUGCUCGUGGAUUGCGUCAGGCACAACGACAUGCAAAUUCGCAUUGACCACCGCAAGGAAUGUGUCCACUUUGGCAUUGAUCUGUCCCAGGCUCAGCGUGAAGACAAGGCAGAGGGGCCGACCCUGCAGAGCAUGCCUAGCGAGCAGAUUCGCAACCAGCUCAUCAACAUGGGUUCUGUCCUGUACAGAGCUGUCAAGAUCAUCGACCCUCUGAAGAAAAAGGCCGAAAAGUUAAGGACUAUGCAGCUGUUGGUGAGUCACUACCACGGUAUCAAGGAUCGCGAGCACCGUGAAGUGCUGAACCGUCGCAUAAUCAUCGAGGAGCGCAAGGAGAUGCUGGAGCGUCUGAACACGGUGCGCGAAGAGGAAGAAGCUCGACGUCUGGAGGAGUUGGCGCGCCAGCAAGCCAUGGCCGAGCAGAAAAGGCUGACGCAGGAACGGCAGGAGCGCGAGCGCAAACGCCAGGAGAACGAGCUGCAGCAGAUCAAGGACCGCACUCUCAAGGAGAAAAUGCAGCAGAUCUCGCAGACCACCCACGGCCAGCGCAUUUUGCAAAAGCUCCAGGACGAUGAUCUGAAGAAAAUGGAUGCCGAUGAAAUUGCCCUGAGAGAGGUUGAGGAAUUGCAGAAGGAGCGACGGGAGCUGCAGCAGAAGCUCAAGUCUCAGGAGAAGAAGGUUGAUUAUUUUGAACGUGCCAAGCGCCUUGAAGAAAUUCCUCUGCUCGUAAAGUCAUUUGACGAGAAAAAGGAACAAGACAUGCUUUUCUGGGAGGCACAGGAGAAGCAAAGGAUUUCUGCGCUGAAGGAAGAGCGAGAGUUGGCCGUGAAGACCAAGAAGCGGCUGCUGCUGAUAAUGGACGAGAAGAACGCGUUUGUGUCGCGACUGAAGGAGGAGCGCAAGGCCGAGUUCAAGGCCAAGGAGGAGGCGUUCAAGAAGAAGAUGGCUGAGAAGCGCUUGCAGCUGCUGGAGGAGCGCAAGCAGCAGCGCAAGGAGCAUCGCCGGCGGGACUAUAUCAGGGCCAAGGAGGCUGAGGAAAUGCGCCGCAGGGAGGAGGAGGAAGCCAGGCUCGAAGAGAUUGAGCGAAAGAGGAUGGAGGAGGAGCAAGCUGCAGAGCUCAUCCGCAAGGAAAAGGAGGAGGAAGAGCAGCGUGUAAGAAUGGAGGCCCUCGACAGAGCUGCCGAGAAACAGAGGGAACGCGAUCGCGAAAUAGAGGAACGCACUAGGAAUGAGCAGGCGUCUCUGCGUGAGAGAGACCGCGGAGGCGACGGGGGCUCCAGGCUCUGGAAACGUGAUGACAGGGAAGCUCCAGCUCGACGUCCCGACGACUGGCGCUCGCGUGCCGCUAAUGGUUCGCCACCAAGAGCCAAGGAGGACGCAUGGAGGCCCACCGAACGCAGAGGUGAUGAUCUCAGGCGAGGCGAUGACAGGAGAGGUGACGACAGGAGAGGCCCUAUGUCCAGAGAUGUCCCCAUGUCUAGAGAUGGUCCCAUGUCUAGAGAUAUCCCCAGACGUGGUAUGGGCGAGCCAGGAAGCAGUUGGCGAUCUGGCGGUGACGAUUCUCGCGACACUGGCCCAAGGAAAAUUGAAAUUACGCGCAGGGAUGACCGCCGUGAUGACCGACGUGACGACCGAGACAGAGAUUUCCGCCGGCGCGAUGAUGAUCGCAGGGACGACCGCCGCUUUGAUAGGCGUGGUGGUGAUGACCGUCGCGAAGACAGGAGAGACGACCGCGGCGGCCCGAAGCUUGACUGGCGCCGCGGACCUCCUGCUGGCGGUGCUGAGCCUCCUGUUCGCAAGGAAGAGCGUGAAGAGAAAAAACCAGCCCCUGAACGAAGCGCUCCUUCUGCUCCUCAAGAAGAAGGUGAUGACGGAAGCUGGCAGCGCGUGAGUCGCAAGUAAUCCUGUUGAUCACCACAGCUUCCGUCUCUCUAGUGCCCAUUCCACUUGCUAUCAAUCUGAUCAGCUGAUUGCGAUAUUCUGUUUAAAAUCAAAUUUGUAAGUGGGCUUCUUUUAUUUACGUGCGAAGACGGAACUUCAACACAAUGUUAUUAAUGUGUAUUAUGUAGUACUCAAUUUGUCUGGUUUCAAUAAAGGUUUCUAAUUGAUACUAUA